CUACUGUCGUUUACAUAACCAGCAACACCAGACUGCUUUUCUUGCGACUACCGGUACCAAAUCCUGACCCUUAUACUAGCACCUGACAGCCUCCGGGUUUUUGGCCCAGACUAUUAGGUACUAUCUAUAAUACUACUGAAGGAAAGCCUUAAAUUUGUGAAACUCGCGAGUCAACUUAUGUAGGUUCCAAGUCGACAGCUUUUCCUGCCUUUUCCAGCGUGGGCAUGGCUCCCGCUCAGAGGUCAUUACGUUACAGUGACGACGGAAAUAGUGGAUAUGAAUAUGAUUUCGAGGACGAUGGCGACGAGGUAGACGUCGAUGCGGGGCAGGGCGACUAUGACUAUACCGACGGGGCGGACAACGAAGUUACCGAAGGGACUGCCACCCGGAGCUUCAACGACGUUGAUGUACCGCUACAUGCACAGCAAGCAACAAGCCCGGAGCCGCCAGCAAUACAGCUGGCUGACCAACCCCACACGUCGAGCCCGGAGGCGCGCAGCAAAACACCUACUGGUGACGCUGUAACGGUCAGUCAGUCGCCCUCGUCGCCACUCGCCACCCACCGAUCAGACUCAGCACCCCCAGCAGAUGCGCCAGCUGAGGGUUGCCCGAGCCCCAAAUCCCCGCAGCCGGCUCUGCCGCCGCUGAGUCACACACUCUCUCCCUUCCUCCUCCGCUCCGCCCCCGCUGCCCACCCUGCUGUGGCCGCAGCAGCUGCACCCGUUCCGCCUCUGCCACCUCGACUGCCAGCCGCCUCCAGCUCAGCACCGCCCCACGUGCCCACCAUACCCCCCUCCACACUCCUUCCCUCCACCGCUGUCGCCACCGCUGCCGCCAUUGCGGCACCUAGCGCCGCUCUUGCUCCCAUAUCUGCCCCCAGCCCCUACCAGCACCCGCCCGCGUUCGCCCAUGCAGCCGCACCAGCGUCGCCAUCCCAGCCAUCCCCGCCGCCCAGCCAUUCCCAACAACAACAACAACAACCCCACAACGCCGCCGCCUCCUUCGCCGCUAGCCCCUCACCCCUCCAACAACACCCUCCAGCACACCACCAUCUCCACCAACAGCACCCCCACCCCCACCACUACCACCACCAGAACCAAAACAGCAAUCCCUACCACCAGCAUUCCCAGCACCAGCAGCAGCUAGCAGCUGCCAUUCGUGACAGUGUGGACACCCUGCGUGCCUCGGAGCAGGUACGGCAGCUGCAGGCGGCGGUGGAGACGCUGACGGGGCAGCUGGUGGUUUCGGAGCGCGCUCGCGCGGGCGCCGAGGGGGCGCUUGUGGAGCUGAGCGGGCGCAUGCAGGAGCAAGAGCGGCGGGCGCAGGAGGCGGAGGCGAGGAUGACGGAGGCAUGGGAGGCCAAGCUGCUCGAUAAGCAGCGGGAGGUGCAGCAGCUGCGCACGCGGGUGCAGCAGCUGGAGACGCAGGGAAUUAAGGGCCGCCUGGCUGCCGCCAGCGCCUCCACGCCCCGGGGCAGCCACCAGGGCACCUCCUCCUCUUCCGCAGCAGCAGCGGGCAAGGAGGGGGCAGCGGGCGGCGGCGCUGCUGCCUGCAUCAGCCCCGAGGAGGCCGCCACCCUGCGCAAGGAGCUGGAGCAGACGGAGCUGCUCAUCCGGGGGUACCAGCUGGAGAACGAGGCGGCCACCAGGAGAAUCAAGGAGCUGGAAGAGUCCCUGGCGGCCGCCGAGUCGCGCACCGCCGCGGAGGUGAUCCGAACGGAGCGCGCGGCGCUGCUGGCUCGCGACGAGAGCGGGCGGCGCAACGCCGACGUGGCGACCAAGCUGGCCCGCGUGCUGGCGCUGGAGAAGGAGCUGGAGGGCGUGAAGGAGGAGGCGCAGACGCGCGAAUCGGAGCUGCGCGCGCAGCUGGAGAAGCUGCGGGCGGAGAAGAAGGCGUUGGAAGCCAAGGCGGGGGGCGUGGACCUCAAGGCCAUGGCCGAGGGCGAUGUGCUUGUGAAGCAGCUGCGGGAGGAGAUGGAGGCGGGCCGCCAGGCCACCCAGGCACUCAUACAGGAGAUGCAGGCCAAGCUGUCUUGGUACGCCGAGAAUCAGGAGAUGCUCAACAAGAACGACGCGCUGGUGGCGGAGCAGCGGGACAUCAUACAGCAGCUGCAGGGCAGGCUGGCGCAGUAUGAGGGCCAGGCGCCCAAGGGCCCGGCUGCCAGCCGAGUGGCCGCCGCCAACGCCCGAGUGCGUGAACUGGAGGCGCAGGUGGACCAGCUGCAGAAGGCGCUCCGCAGCCGCGCCCCCGCCAACAGCCUGGCCGCCGUGGUGGCGGCGGCGCGCCCCUCGCCCGAGGAGGGGGCGCUGGUGGCGGAGCUGCGGGAGCAGGUGGAGGCGCUGCAGGCAGAGAUACGCGGCAAGGAUGACGAGUUCGAGCUGCAGCUGCGCACCUACCAGCAGCAGUUCGAGAAGCUCAAGGCGCAGUACUCGGAGCGGGCCGGCAGGCUGGAGGCGGCAACCAAGGUCCGCGGGCGCGUGAAGGACCUGGAGCGGCAGCUGGAGGAGCAGAAGGGCAUCUACAUGCGGAGGGUGCGGGAGCUGGAAGCCAAGCUGAAGGCGGCUCAGGAGCACGGGGCGGUCAUUCCGGCCACUCCGGCACCGCCCGCCUACCAGGCAGCAGCCGGGCCGCCGUCAGUCGCGCAGACGCCCACCAAGGCUGGGGUCGGGGCCGGCGCCGGACCCAUGGGUCAGCCCGGCGCCGGUGCGCAAUCGGUGCAGGGACGUCGUGACGACCUGGUACCGGCGUCGCAGCUCAGGGCUCGCGAGCUGGAGGUGAAGAAGCUGCAGACGGAGCUGGAGCGGCGAGCCAAGCAGGUCUCCGAGCUGCACCUCAAGCUGGGCGAGGCGGAGUCACGCAUCCUGCGCCUCAAUGCGGACCUGCGGCGCUCACAGCAUGCGGGCGCAGCCGGUCAGUCGCCACUUCCCUCCAGGGUACGCCACGACGGUUUAGCUCACGACGACCGACCCGUGGGUCCUUCCCGAGGCCCCGGAGGCUCCACAGACGCAUCCACAGCAGCAGCGGAGGACGGUCGGCGCGUCUCUGCGGACCUUGUGGAGCGGUUGGAGGAGCGCUGCGGCAACCUGACGGUUGAAAACGGGUCGCUGCGGGGCCAGGUGGCGGCGCUGGGACGGCAGGUGGCGGAGCUGCAGCGGGAGCUGGGGGAGGCGCGGGCGGCAGCAGCUUACGCCGGCUCGGACGGCCCCACUGCCGCCGAGGUUUCGGAGCUGCGUCGGCAGCUGGACGCCGCUCAGCUGGCGCUGACGACCGUGCAGCGCUCCGCCACUGAGGCGGUGGAGCGCGGGGCGAUGGCGGCGUCCGAGCACCAGCGGGCCAUGCUGCGGCUGCAUGACGAGGUGGCGUACAAGGAGGGGCUCAAGUGGAAAGAGCGGCUGGCGACACUGGAGCAGGAGCUCCGUGCCGCCCAGCAGCGCUGCGAACAGGCGGAGGGGGAGCUAGCGGUGGCGAGGUCGCGUGGGGCGGGCGCCUGGUCGCCUGAGGCCGCCGCCUUCGCUGCCAUGGAGCGCCGGCUGGACGAGAUGGCGCGGGAGAUGGCGGCGCGUGAGGCCAAGUGGCGGGCCGUGUUGCAGGACACGCAGAGCCUUCACGGCGUGCAGUCCGAUGUGGAGCGGCGCAAAUGGGAGUCUGCUCUGGCCGCCAAGGAGGCGGAGGUGCAGGCUACCCGGGCCGAGCUGCAGUCGCUGCUGCAGGAGGUUGCCCAGGUGCAGGAGCUGCAGGCCAGGGCCGCGGCGGCGCAGCAGCAGCGGCUGGCGGCCAGGGCCCAGCAGCAGCGCUAGAUGUGGUUGGAACGCAUUGCGAAAGCCACGAUGUUGUGAUGUUACAUGCAUGUACGCUACCACGGGGCCCAACUGCCAUGCGGGUGGUGUACACUCCGCCAAACAUCAGUUGGAGAGCACGGAACAUUGCAAGAGGUUCCGGGCGUCGUUAAUGAAUCCGGCAUGCAUGUCAUGCGACAUCUUGGAAAGGAUUGGGCUUGGCAGUCAUGCGCGAUGUACAUAUACAAGGGCCCAUCAGGCGCGGAGGGUUGCAUGCACAUAAGCUGUACAUAGGCCAUGCAGUUAUCCACUGCUUGGUAGCUGCUUUAUAAUGCAGCCACACAAUCCGGCACGUCGUAUACGUGUAAUGUGGUCAUUGCUAGUAGCUUUUGCCACGAGGUCAUGAGGAUCUGGC